GCCAUAUAAAAUGUUCAUACACUGCACUGCAAUGGCCACAUAAUAGAAGGUUACUCUUGCAAUUUCCAAAGAUGGGUGAAAACACCAGCCCUAUAAGUGUUAUUCUGGUGAGUUCAGGAAGUAGAGGGAAUAAGCUGCUAUUUCGAUAUCCUUUCCAAAGAAGUAUAGAAGGUCAAUCCACGCAGACAAUUAUUCCAAGGAGCAGUUAUGCUUUAAAUAACACUGGAGCAAAUACAGAAGACCCAGAUGGAGAUUCAAAAGAGCCAUGUCCUCUAACAGAUGAGCAAAUGGUUGCAGGAUUUUCAGAUGUUAUACUUGCAACUAUUUUGGCUACAAAGUCAGAUAUGUGCGGUAAAAAGUUUGAACUGAAGAUUGACAAUGUGCGUUUUGUGGGUCAUCCAACUUUGCUUCAGCAUGCACUGUGCCAGGUGUCAAAAACUGAUCCUUCACCGAAGAGGGAAAUGCCCACAAUGAUUCUCUUUAAUGUGGUUUUUGCUUUAAGGGCAAAUGCAGACCCUUCUGUUAUAAACUGCUUGCACAACCUGUCUAGAAGAAUUGCCAUCAUAUUGCAACAUGAAGAGCGAAGAUGCCAGUACUUAACCAGGGAGGCCAAAUUAAUUCUGGCGAUACAGGAUGAGGUGUCUGCUAUGUCAGAAAAUGGGGGACCACAGUCACCAUUUCACCAUAUUUUACCAAAGUGCAAGCUGGCAAGAGACCUUAAGGAAGCCUAUGACAGCCUUUGUACAACUGGUGUGGUACGACUUCAUAUUAAUAACUGGCUUGAAGUAAGCUUUUGUUUGCCACAUAAGAUACACUGUGUUGGAGCAAACUUUAUUCCCCCAGAAGCGAUAGAGAAAAGCUUAAAAUCUAUAAGGCCAUAUCAUGCUCUGCUGCUGCUUAAGGAUGAAAAAAGUUUACUGAAUGAACUUCCACUGGAUUGUUCUCCAGCUUUAGUGAGAAUUAUUAAGUCUGCAACCGCUGUAAAGAAUCUUCAGCAGCUGGCCCAAGAUGCUGACCUCGCCUUGCUGCAGGUGUUCCAGCUUGCUGCACACUUGGUAUAUUGGGGAAAAGCGAUCAUCAUAUAUCCACUUUGCGAGAAUAACGUUUACAUGUUGUCACCAAAUGCCAAUGUUGGUCUUUAUUCUCCAUUGGCAGAUCAGUUUUUACACCAGUUUCCAGGACAUGAUCUUCCUUCAGUUCUUGCUAAGUUUUCAUUGCCCGUUUCUUUAGCAGAGUUUAAAAACCCCCUAUCUCCACCUGGACAGGAGCCUCAUCUGAUACAGAUGGUUAUUUGGAUGCUGCAGCAUCGGCUUCUAAUUCAGAUACACACAUAUGUCUGUCUACUUGCUCCUCCCAAAGAAGAUGCAAACUCAAAAGAUGAAGACCCAUCAUUUGCAGCCAGAGUGGGUGGACGAAGCCUAAGCACCCCCAAUGCACUUAGCAUUGGCUCACCAACCAGUAGUGAUGACAUGACUCUGACUAGUCCUAGCAUGGACAACUCCAGUGCUGAGCUGCUGCUAGGAGGAGACUCUCCAAUCAACAAGAGAGCCACAGAGAAUCUUCUUGCAAGUUUAUCCCAGAAUGAGAGAGAAGCUAUUCUUAGUGUCCCUGCUGCUCAAAAUCCAGAAGACCUUAAAAUGUUUGCAAGGCUGCUACACUAUUUCCGAGGCCGGCACCAUCUUGAGGAGAUCAUGUACAAUGAGAACAUGCGCCGCUCACAACUCUUGAUGCUCUUUGAUAAAUUCCGGAGUGUGCUAGUGGUGACAAACCAUGAAGAUCCAGUUAUAUCUGUUUUUCAGUCGGUCUUUCCUUAAUCGGUGUGCUAGAAACAGACUUUU